AUGGGCUGUGGAGGAAAGAAUGGCUCGCACAGCGACAAGGGCAGCGGCGAAGAGUUCAGCCUCUGGUACGUCGGUGUCCUCAUGUCGGUCGUCGCGUCCAUCUGCACCAACAUGGGCGUCAACCUGCAAAAGUACUCGUUUCUGUGCGAAGCCAAACGCCCUUUGCUGCUCAAGCGCGGGUAUUUCCUGCAGCCAAAAUGGGCCUUUGGCCUCUUCCUCGUCGUCUUUGGGAGCAUUGGCGACUUUGCCGCGCUUGGGUUUAUCCCGCAGAGCCUUGCGAUUCCCGUCGGUGGCUUUACGAUCGUGGCCAAUGUAUUUUUUGCCCACUAUUUUCUCAAAGAGCCAUUUUCCAAGCGCGACGGUGUCGGCACGGGGCUCAUCGUGCUCGGUAUUAUGGUUGUCGCCGCCUUUGCGAGCAAAGCGAAUGACUGCUACACGGUUGACGAACUUCUCUUGCUCUUCAACCAAACCCACUUUAUCGUGUACGCGAUCUUGGUCUCGGUCACCUCGGUCGGGUUGUACCUGUACAUUCGCAAGAUCCGCGCGAUCGCCAUCCAGUACGGAGUCGGGUCGCCCAUGCACCGCGCGUAUGCGAAGAGCCAAUCGAUCAUCUGCCCCGCCCUGUCCGGUGUCUGCGGCGCGCAGUCGGUCCUCUUUGCAAAGGCGUUUGCCGAGCUCUUCAAGUCGACGCUGGCUGGCGACAAUCAGUUUACGACUUUUGGGACGUAUGCGAUUGCGUUCUUGAUGCUCCUCUGCGUUCUGCUCCAAAUCCACUGGCUCGCCCAAGGUCUCGAGACGUCGGACGCGGUUUUUGUCAUCCCGAUCUUCCAGUGCUUUUUCAUCUCGGUCUCGAUCCUCGGCGGCGCUGUCUACUUUAAUGAGUUUGCUACCAUGAGCGUCCUCCAGCUCGCCAUGUUCUUUCUUGGGGUCACCAUCACACUUGGCGGCGUCCUCGUCCUCUCCAAGCGAGAGAUGAAUGCCCUCUCGCUCAUACAGAAAUGGCGCGCAGCGGCCAUGAUGGUCGUCUUUCUCAAGCGCACGCAAAAGAGAAUUGGUCAUCCGUUCACGUGGACGGCAGCGAAUGCUCCGCCGAUGCUGCUGGCGUCGACGAUCAAGGCGAGCCGUGUCGUGCCCAUGGGUGCUGCCGCGUACGUUGACGCGACCGUGCUGGCGAGCGAGCCCAUCGACUCUCGGAGCAAUGCUACGGCGAAAGCGGUGCCGGGCUUUCGGCGGACCAAGGUCGCUGCAGAGGACGGCGCGACCGGUAGUGACAGUGUAUUUAUUGGCCCAAGUACAUAG